CAAAGUUUUCAACACCAGCAGAAGCUUGCCGAAAAUCCCAUUAUCAUCCCAUUUCAAUCAAUCAAUCAAUCCUAAACAAGCCAAGAGAAACAAGCGUCUUGCUAUUUGUUUAAGUUUACCUGGAGCGAUGAUGUAUAUAUCAUGAAGAUAAUCAAGAUGUGCAGUAUUAAUGCCGAAGCAGCUCACAUAUCAGGAUAGAGAUAAUUCCUGUAAAGUGCUCGAUGCUGUUUAGCAUACAAGAUAAAAUCUGAGCAAACAUUCUGGAAAGAAUUGGCUGUCAUGCAAAUCAAACUGUUAUAAUAUGUUGACAUUGUCUUGCGCUUAAAAAAAAGUAAGGAUAUUGAAUAAAAAGAGCAUGUAUAACAGAUUUUUUUCAAAUCAGUUUUAGAUUGAUAAUACAGUGUCAAAUCGGAAGUUUUAAAUUAGGAUAACACACGAAAGUUAAUAUAUAUUCGUCACUGUAUUUAUUCUAAAGUGCAUUUACAAUUAUUAUUCUUUUUAAUUACUAUAAUGGAGAAAAAACUAUUUCGAGGUAUUGUGUUGCCACUGGAAGAAAUUGUUUUUAGAAGAGUGGUUGUCUGUCUUUUGAACAAUACAUUAAAUUCGAAUUGGAAUCUAAGAUACGAUUUGGAUCUUGUUGAAAAUAUGGCUAAAGGCAAAGCUUACAUCACUAAAAUGUUGCCAACAUUAUUAACCGAUCGGAUGAUGCCUUUAAUCAGGCCCAUGGCUUCCGAAAUAUUAAAUUGGCAUAUGUACCAUGAAAAUAACUUCCAUGAUAUACGCGAAUGUUUUGGUUUGCAUUCUUUAAAAUAUUUACAAUGGACUUCUAUAGGCACAAUAGAUUAUCAGAAAACAAUGGAAAAAAUUAUUGGUCUUAAAAUAUUUGAUGUUGAGAAUCGCUAUAAAUUAGCAUGUUUAUAUUGCUUGGAAGAUUACAUUCCACUUCUUUGGGAAGAACUCUCCGAAGAGAGUAAAAAACAUUUUAGUAAAGAAUCUUAUUUUGAUGUAGAUAUGCAGUUGAGAUAUUACUGGGUUGACAUUAUGAAAGAAGACGAGUAUAUAUUGCCUGAUAUUUUUUUGGAGCGAGAACCGAAUCCAUCGUACUAUCAUGAGUUUGCAUUCAAACUUGCAGCCAUGAAAGGCAAUAAAGCGGCAACUAGAUAUUUCUUUCAAAAUGUCUGUAAUGAAGAACGAGAGUCGGAUUUAUUUUCUACUAUCGUUGAUGUUUUAAAUGAAUUGGGCCCAUCUUCAUCAAACAGAAUAUUUUCUGACUUUCCAAAGGGAAAUCUCUCUGAUGUUUUAUGUUACUUGUUGUCUUUGAUGAGUCCUGAGCAACAGAUGCAGAUAUUAAAAACGCAUCCUUGUGACAUUUUAACAUGCUUUCAGGAUUGGCCUCUGCAGCAUCUUUUUUUGGAGGUUGCUGAUAUUAUCUGGUCCUUUCUUCCUGAAGAAAACUAUGUAUAUUUGCUAACUAAUAUGCAUAAAAGAAUUAAAACUUCAGAUUACUAUUGUCCCAAAUUGUUUCAGGAAUUUUUUCUGCGGAGUCCUGGCAAUUUUAAAAAAGAAUUUGUGAAUACAGAAUGUCAAUUUGGUUAUUUUUUCCCAGAAUUUUUCCGCAUGCAAGAUUUUGAAACUGUUGAAGUAAUUUUCAGAAAUAUAGAAGCUGCAGACAGAGUAAGACUUGUCUUUGGUAAACGUGUUUUUAUGCUUUUGUGCGAUUCCAUCUUCUAUAACAAAUGGCAUGUGGUCAAAGUAUGUCUUCAAGAAGCCAUGUUACCCGAAGAAGACAAGCAAAAACUAAAGAAGAGUUUUUCAAAAUUUAUUAAAAAGAGUCACAAAAGACUGGGAGCCAACGAGAUAAAUCGUAAACGGAAAAGUUUCUGCGAAUUCUUUGAUAAGAGCUGUAAUAGAACUGAUGAAGAAAAGUCGGAAGAUGAGACACCUACUGAAGUUAAAAAACUCUGCACUGAAAAGAAAAAGAAUGUUCUCCCAAGGAACUGAAUAGGAAGUUGUUCAUUACACCUUACAUUAAAUGAAAUAUAAAGAAUCAAUCUAAAAUUUUUAUAACAUAAUAUAGUUUGUUCUUUUUAAGUGCGUAUUGCUUAAAAAUUAGAUCUUUAUUAAAUACUUCCUUGUGAACAUAAAAGUAUUGAUAAAAAAUGAAUUCUGAGCUUAACAUUUUAUUAGAAACUUUCUUGUUCCUGAGAAAAAUUUGUUAAGUAAUAUAUUAAAUUAUUUAAAAUAACUUUUAAAAAAUGUUAGUAAUUUAAAUAUACAUCACAAUACUAUAUACUGCUUAGAAAAUUUAGACACUUCUUAUUGUAAGCAGGGGUUCAUUAUUUGUUAACUAAUUUUCAUUUGUUUAAAGAAACAUAAUUUUUUGUCAAGUGAUUGUUUCCCUUCUCUUAUUUGUUAUGGAUUAUAAUUCAAAAUUGAAUUUCUUUCUGCAUUGAAAAUUAUACUUGAACUUUUAAAGUAAUAUGUUGUAAAU